GCUUUGCGGGACAGCUAUCAUGUAAGGGGAAAGUGUUGAGAGCUAUUUCUGCUGUGAUCUUUUCUUCCUUCAGCUGCUAGUACAUCUUAAAAGGAGCACAGACAUGUUGUGUGAGCCCAUCAAAACCGAGCCUGACAUACGGCCUUGAAGAGGAUGGUUUGAAGCUGGGCGAACAACGCUCUCUGUCUCAGCUCACUUUCAGACCUUGGAAGAUGGCAGCAGCGCUGGGUGCUGGAAGUGGUUCUGCUGGGCCAUCUGGGCUCCCCAGUUCUGUGCCCGGGCAUGCUGCCCUGCCUGCAGUGGCCGUAUGGGAAUGGCAGGACGAGUUUGGCAGGUGGAGGCCGUACAAAGGGAAUGUGUGCAGCUACAUUGAACAGGCUUUCCAGGCCCCUGCGCAGAAGGGGAAGCGAUCGGGAGCCGGGCUUGCCAGUAGCAGUAUCCCGUUGGGGCAGGCAGAUGCUACGCUUGCCCCUUAUGUUAUUGACAUACCAAGCCUGAUGCAGUUCCGACAGGACACAGGAACCAUGCGAGCCGUCCGCAGGCACCUCUUUGCUCAAGACUCUGCGGCGGGGCAGGGCAUCGUGUGGGAGUGGCAGAAUGAUGAAGGAGGGUGGUCUCCGUAUGAGAUGAAGGUCUGUGUGUUCCUGGAGCAAGCUUUCACGCACGGCAUUCAGCAUGCAGACCUGAGCUCCUUAGGCUACAACUACGACAUUGAUUUUGUGUCUCUGGUCCAGACCAACAAGACCUCCAGGUUCCGGCGAGGGAUUCAGAGGCGCAUGGAUACCCCCUAUCCAGUGACUACAGCCACGGGGCCCCUUCACACGGCAGUGGCUUGUUCUUGUCAACAGUGCUUAUUGAAUAGCGCAACUGGCCCCAUCACCACCCGCUAUCGGCACUCCAUGAUAAACCUCCCCAGUUCAUCCGCUGUGCCGCAGGUUUCCAGUCGGACAGCCGCGCUGAGCUCGUCUGGUCUCGGCUUUGUGCCCUACAACAAACCCACCUUGUCUGGAGCCAGGUCGACGCCAAGACUCAAUGCACAGAAUGCCUGGGCGCUGCCUCAGUCUGUAGGAGUGGGAGGCCCCAGCCCCGGACUGUCGGCGUCCAAUGGAGUCAGUAUCCCAAAUCUGCCAGUCGAGAUGUCCAAGCCCAGCAAAGUGAACCAAGCCUUGGCAGGCAUGACGGCUAUUCUGAUGUCCGCCACCGGACUCCCCGUGCGUCUGACCUGUGCGUCACAACCUGCCAGCACCCGUAGAGCCACUAAAAAACACAGCUCAGUUAAGGAAGGGAGGAAAGUGUCCAAGAAAGUGACCCCGAGCGAGCCCGAGCAGGUGGUGAGGAAAUAUGCGGAAGAGCUGAGAGGAGCCCCUGCAGAUGAGGACUGUAUCAUCUGCAUGGAAAAGCUGGCCUCGCCCUCCGGCUACGCUGAUGCCUGUGAGGGCAAGGCGAUCAAGCCGGAAGCGGUGGGGCGACUGACCAAAUGCCAACACACUUUCCACCUGCUCUGUGUGUUGGCCAUGUACACCAACGGAAACAAGGAUGGCAGCCUUCAGUGCCCCUCCUGUAAAACCAUCUACGGCGAAAAGACAGGCACGCAGCCGAAAGGGAAGAUGGAGGUUUCGACGUUCACUCAGUCGCUUCCUGGCCACAAGGACUGUGGGACGAUACAGAUCGUGUACCACAUUAGCCGGGGGAUUCAGGGGCCGGAGCAUCCCAACCCGGGGACGCCAUACACAGCCAGAGGCUUCCCCCGUUACUGCUACCUGCCCGAUAAUGAGAAAGGCAGAAAGGUCCUGGACCUGCUGAGGGUGGCCUGGAAGAGACGCCUGAUUUUCACAGUGGGCACGUCCAGCACGACGGGCGAGAGCAACACGGUGGUGUGGAACGAGAUCCACCACAAGACGGAGAUGGACACGAACCUCAGUGGCCACGGCUACCCCGACCCCAACUACCUGGACAAUGUGCUGGCGGAGCUGGCAGCUCAGGGCGUCACCGAGGACGGCGUGGGCCAGUGACUCGCCUCCGUCCCGGCGCCGCGUAACGUCUGUGCAAUGCACAGCCAGUGCCUACGCACCCUCCCGCGGGCUGCUAGCGCACUUUCUCCUGUUGCCUUAAGUCCCUCUAUGGAAUCGCGUGUCCCAGUGGGAGCAAUAACACGGUUUUUGGGAGCCACGCCUGGACAGUCUGUUUUCUGGAGAGCAGGUUAUUUUUGUAUAAGCCAAGGGGCCUGAGUGGGGUGUCUCGGGCAUUACACGGGAGCACGCAUGCUGCAAAUGGGGCCUGCUGGGAGGGUGUGGCUGAUGGGUGGUCCCGGGCCAGGGGGGCGUAGCUGCCCGAGCGCUGCUCCCUCGCUGCGCAGCGGGACGAGCAGCAAUGGCCGCACGAAACGUCCGUGCGGCUCCUAACCUCUGCUCCGACACUUCCAAGUGCAUCCUCCCCCCGCCCCCGGGUAGCUGGUUUAACACAUCCGCUUCUGUGCCGUGGUCAUAAUAAAUGCUGCAUCGCUAUGGAGAGUUGUCGGUAGCCUGGAAAUAAUCUCGCGUCCGCUGCUUUCGGUUCCAGUGUGUACGCAGGGCCCCUUGCGGGAGUUCAGGCCCAGGGGCGGGGUUGGCCCAGAUUGUUCCACGGGCUCACUUAAAUGCCCCGAUGGGCGCCACGGCGCCCGCGAGCACCACGUUGGGGACCACUGCUCUAAUGUCACUGGUGUAUCGACCUCCUCUCCCAGGGGCGUUGAGACCAGUGAGAUGUAGGUUAUUCCGGG